AUGGUACUAUUUUUUUUCCUUUAUAUCGCAGUUGUAACAAUCAACGACUAUGCAAACACAUCCAGCCCUCACCCACCUGAUAUAAGAAACACAAAGAAGCUGAAUUGCUGUAUCACAAAUAAAGUUCAGAAGAUGGAUAUAGUUGAUAAUAAUCAACAAAUAUUGGAAGAUAAUUUAAAGUGGUAUGAAAAGGAUGAUUUCGAAUUUGAAAUGGUUGAGGAUGCUAUUGAAGAAAUUGAAACCAAUGAAAACAAUGAUAUAGAUUUUGAAGCAGACACAAUUGUAAAGCUGAAACGUCAGGGUUUGCAUACACACCAAGAAGGGAGUAACAAAGGGGUUGUAUUUCCUGCGGUCAUCUGGUUCCUGUUGUCCAAGUACAUUGCGCCAGAAGAUGUUUGGAGGUUUGCUUGUUUGUGUUAUGAUGCUUGUGCAGUUACAAAUACUGUGGCAUUUUGGAGGUCUCUGUACUUCAGGUAUAAGGAUGAGAAGAUCAAGCUUCCACGAUUUCUAUCUUCAGAGCUCAUUGAGGGAAUAUAUGGCGUUAGGUACUUAACAAUCUGUGCAUUAUACAUCAUGUAUGAGCCAUUUCGAAGAAGAACAGUUAUCCAUACUCCUAUUGGUGAAGGAAGCACAAGUCCUUACACAUUGAUAAACCAGAUAUGCAAAUACACCUGGUCAGAAUACAAACCAGGUGGCGAGUGUACCUGUUACCUGUUGUUUGAAGAUAUUCCUAAAACAAAAACUUUGUUGCAAUUUGAUAAUGAUAUUUAUGCUAAUAACUUUAAGAAUCAAACAAUUUUAAGAGUAUAUUGUCGCAGUUUUCAAAACCUUCCUCAAGCGGAAAUCAUGGGACUGCAGCUUUCAAACGUUUUCUUCAACGUUAGCAGCGACAUGAGAAACCAUAAAUUGAGGCUUAUUUUUCAGGGUGAGAGGAAAAGGGGAUACCAUCGUGCAAAUGGUAGCCAAGUGCCAGCUGUGCUUGAUCCAGUAAUUUGGGUUCAUAUCCUUCAUUGGUGGCACCCACAGUUUCUGAAUUGUAAGCGAGCAAAUUGAUGUAGGCCUAGAAUUGUAAUAAAUUUCAGUUUUGAUUCCUAUUAAGAAAUAUAGCAACCAUUGCAAUCAAAAUGGUGUAUGUGUGUGUGUGCAUACAUGGAUGUAUGUUAAGCUGACAUCAUCACAGGCAAACAUGAAUUUCCAAACACUUGUAUAUUAUUGAUUUUUGAUACAUGUAGCACUCUGGCCCUGUAGUAGCUUCAAAACAAUUUUGGGAAACAUGAAAUCAGUAUACAUUCAAGCCUUGAAGUUUUCACACCCAGUUUAAAGCUAAUUACAUUCCUUAUUUUUUUUAACCCAUACUUAAAACCCACUCUUACUAUUUAAAUGUCCAACCCCACAGCUUUCUACAGCUACCGAUGUUUGUAGUUUCUAAAUUCCAGCAAUAUAAAAACUUGUACGUAUUUACAGUACACUAUUUUUAAAUAAUUUCUGUUCAAAAUAUAAAAAAAUACAAGUAACAAA